AUGUGCAGCAAGCAAACAGGGCUGUGGUGGAGUGUGGCGCCAGGGUGGUUGAACUUUGGCCUUUCAUCGCUCCUUCCCUUACUGUUGUCUGCUGCCUUGAACUUCUUUCAAAAGUCUUCACCCCAACUCUGCUUGCCCCGUUCACCGCAACCUCCGACUUUUCCCGACACAUGCCCAGUACCCAGCAAAAUGACAGAUACGGAUCAGCCACACUCUCACCUCGAGGAAUCACAAGACAUUGUUAUGAAACAAGAUGAGCCACGGGCUUUCCCAGAAGUGCCACGGACUUUGCCAGAAGUGCCCCAAGUGCCGCAAGAUUCGCAGACCCUCAACGAAUUCCGGAAGUCCGCCGACGAAGUCGCCCGCCUCGCCCUCCUAGUACAGCAGGAACAAGAAAAUGAUCAGCUUUUGUGCACCGCAAGUUCGGUUAACCUCAUUGGCGACUUUGUCACUGCCUGGAGGAUCCACGAUCGGCUAUUUCCGGGGCACGGCUCACCCAGUUCAUAUUUCCACGGAAAGGCCAAAUUGAGUUUAGAUACCAGCAAGGAGAAUCUUCCCGCGGGAAGAAAUGUUUUCAGGGGAGGAUACCACAGCAAAAAUCUCGAUCAGACGUAUGUUUGUACUCGUAAAUUCUAUUAA